AUUUUUUAGUUGUUGCAGGUAAAAUGGUGAAGGCCACCAGCAUAAAAGAUGUUGAUCAGCACGAGGCUGUUAAGCAGAUUGCUCACUUCCUCAAAAAGAGCGGAAAGGUAAAGGUGCCUGAGUGGUCAGAUAUUGUAAAACUUGGCGCAAACCGUCAACUAGCCCCUGUUGAUCCUGACUGGUACUACAUUCGUACUGCCAGCAUUGCCAGACGCCUCUACAUCCGAUCUCCCGUAGGUGUUGGAGCGCUCCGAACUGUUUUCGGUGGAAAGAAAGACCGAGGAUCACGACCAAACCACUUUUGCAAAGGCUCCGGAUCCGUAAUUCGCAAAGCUCUCCAGACCCUAGAGGCUAUCAAAUGGGUGGAGAAACAUGCUGAUGGAAAGGGCCGUGUUCUCUCUAAACAGGGACGCAAGGACUUGGAUCGCAUUGCAACCGAGCUGCGCCAGCAAGCGAAACCAGUCGAGCUCUAA